AUCUUCUUCUCUGAAGCCGUAUCCUAGGGUUUUCUUGCACGCAAUUCGCUCCAAUGGGAAAGGGAACAGGAAGUUUCGGUAAGAGGAGGAACAAGAGUCACACUCUCUGUGUGAGAUGUGGUCGUCGUAGUUUCCACAUCCAGAAGAGUCGUUGCUCUGCUUGUGCUUACCCUGCCGCUCGCAAGAGGACUUACAACUGGAGUGUGAAGGCCAUCAGGAGGAAGACUACAGGUACCGGAAGGAUGAGGUAUCUCCGUAAUGUUCCCCGUCGGUUCAAGACUGGUUUCAGAGAAGGUACUGAAGCCAAGCCAAGGAACAAGGCAGCAGCUUCAUCAGCUUAAAGAGCCAGUUCGAGUAAUCUCUCAGGAAGGACUAAGACUUAGCACUUUUCGCAUUUAUCUAGUUCAAGAUUACUUUUCAUGUGGAUCUGAUACAUCAAAUGUUUUGUGGGUUUUGUUUCUUUUUCGUCAUUCACUUAUAAAGUUUUGAACUUGGU